AUGAUUUCUUUUCAACAUUUGAUAGUUCCUCUUGCUUCCUUCAUUUUUUCCAUCUUCCUUUUCAAAUGGCACUUUAAUUCUGCUUCAACAGCCCGAAAAAGGUUACCGCCAUCACCAUCUACACUUCCUGUGAUUGGAAAUCUUCACCAACUUGGCUUAUACCCUCAUCGCUCAUUGCGAGCACUAUCCAAACACUAUGGUUCACUCAUGAUGCUUCAUCUGGGUAGUGUACCAACACUUAUUGUCUCCUCCGCAGAUGCAGCUCGCGAGAUCAUGAAAAAUCAUGACAUGGUUUUCUUAAACAGGCCUAAAAUAAACCUUAUGGAUAAAAUUGUUUAUGGCUGCAAGGACAUAGCUUUUUCUCCUUAUGGUGAGCACUGGAGGCAGGUGAGAACUUUAUGUGUCCUUCAGCUGUUGAGCAACAGAAGGGUCCAUUCUUUUCGCCGUAUAAGAGACGAAGAAACGGCCCUUAUGAUGGAGAAAAUCAGACAGUCUUGCUCUUCUUCGACAGCUUCGAUAAACUUGAGUAAUCUUUUGGUGUCUCUUACUAGUGAUAUUAUAUGUAGAGUGGCCCUGGGGAGGAAAUAUAGUGAUGGAGAAGAAAGCAAUAAAUUUGGUUUAAUGUUGAAGGAAGUUGGGGCUUUAUUAGGCACUUUUAAUCCUGGGGAUUACAUUCCCUGGCUUAAAUGGAUUAAACGUGUCGAUGGUUUCAAUGUCAGGGUGGAGAAACUGGCUAAAUCGCUUGAUGAAUUUUUGGAUGGUGUAGUUGAAGAACAUAGAAAUCAAAAGAAGGGAAAGGCGGAUGGUGACGACAGCACUGGUGAAGCAGAUCUUGUUGACAUAUUGCUUCAAAUUCAGAGAGAAAACAAGGCUGGUUUCCCUAUUGGAACUGAUACCAUCAAAGCUGUUAUUUUUGACAUGUUUGCUGCUGGGACUGAUACAACAUAUAUUACUUUAGAGUGGGCAGUGGCAGAGCUUUUAAAGCACCUGAAAACUAUGGAGAAACUGCAGAACGAGGUGAGACAAGUAGCCGGAAGCAAAUUGGAGAUAAUAGAGGACGAUUUAGAUAAAAUGUCCUAUAUGAAGGCAGUGAUCAAAGAGACCCUAAGACUACAUCCUCCACUUCCAUUACUGCUCCCACGAGAAUCAACCCAAGACACUAAAGUAAUGGGGUAUGACAUCGCAGUUGGAACCCGAGUUAUGAUCAAUGCUUGGGCAAUUGCAAGAGACCAAAUGUCGUGGGAAAAUCCAGAAGAAUUUCAACCAGAAAGGUUUUGUAACACUGUAAUAGACUUCAAAGGGCUUAAUUUUGAGUUUAUUCCAUUUGGUGCAGGUCGUAGAGGAUGCCCUGGUAUUACAUUUGCCAUGGGUGUUGUGGAGCUUGCAUUAGCAAAAUUGAUGCAUAAAUUUAACUUCACAACAGAAAAACAUUUGGACAUGACCGAGGCCUCUGGAGCUGCUGUCUACAAGAAGUUUCCACUACUUGUGAUCCCAAGACCGGAUUCUUGCUAA